AUGGCACUUUCAUACAUGUUUUUGCUAGUCUCUCUGUUAUCAAUCUCCUUCACUUUAACAAAUGUGAGAGCAGAUUUAAUAAGCGAUGUUUGCUCAAAAGCACUAAAACCAGCAAUAUGUUUAUCGGCUUUACGAGGGGAUUCUCGAUCCAAAGGUGCAAAUCUUGAAGGCCUUGCAGCGAUUUCAAUAGAUUUAUCAUUAAAGAACAUGCAAUCUGCACAUGAUCUUGUUAAUACAUUGCUUAAACAGGCUACAGAUCCAAAAUUAAAGACACGAUAUAGUUCGUGUUUGGAGAAUUAUAAUGACGGUAUCGAUGAACUUAGAGGAUUGCCUGCACUCUUAAAGUCUGGAGAUUAUUCUGGUUUGAAUAUUCAUGCAUCUGCUGCUUUGGAUGAUCCUUCUACGUGUGAUGACAAUUUUUCAGGUCCACCCGUUGAAGCACCCCAAUUGAAAGCUGCUAGUGACAAGGUUCAAGGACUUAUUAGUAUAAUUUUGGUUAUUAGCAAUCAAUUGAAAUGA